CAGUGACCUCUGCGAGAGACAACGGCCACUGAACACUCUUCGAUCUAAUCUUUUUAGCUCUCCUCUCCCAUCUGUGACUCUCGUGAUCGUCGUCUGAACCAAAAAAAUCUUGAGCAAAAAUGGCCAGAAAGUUCUUCGUCGGAGGAAACUGGAAAUGCAACGGAACUGCUGAGGAGGUGAAGAAGAUUGUGAACACUCUUAAUGAAGCUCAAGUACCUUCACAAGAUGUUGUAGAGGUUGUGGUUAGCCCUCCAUAUGUUUUUCUUCCCCUGGUUAAGAGCACAUUGAGGUCUGACUUUUUCGUUGCUGCACAAAACUGUUGGGUUAAGAAAGGAGGUGCUUACACUGGUGAAGUGAGUGCUGAGAUGCUUGUGAACUUGGAUAUCCCAUGGGUUAUCCUUGGUCACUCUGAAAGGAGGGCAAUCCUUAAUGAAUCAAACGAGUUCGUUGGAGACAAGGUUGCCUAUGCACUUGCUCAAGGUUUGAAAGUGAUUGCUUGCGUUGGUGAGACUCUUGAGGAGCGGGAGGCUGGGUCAACCAUGGAUGUGGUCGCUGCCCAGACCAAGGCUAUCGCUGAACGAGUGUCAAACUGGUCAAAUGUUGUCAUAGCCUAUGAACCAGUGUGGGCCAUUGGAACCGGAAAGGUCGCUAGCCCAGCCCAAGCUCAAGAAGUACACGAUGAACUCAGGAAAUGGCUUGCCAAGAACGUGAGUGCUGAUGUCGCUGCUACAACCCGCAUCAUCUAUGGAGGAUCCGUCAAUGGUGGUAACUGCAAGGAGCUAGGUGGUCAGGCUGAUGUUGAUGGUUUCUUGGUCGGUGGUGCUUCUCUAAAGCCUGAGUUUAUCGACAUCAUUAAGGCUGCAGAGGUGAAGAAAAGCGCCUAAUGAGUUCAUUAAGCAGUUUGAAAAUCCUUUACUUUUCCAGUCUCAACUCUGAAAAAAAUAUAUGAAUAAGUUGGUACGAUGAUACAUUUUGGUUCCAGUUGUAUUUGGCAAAAGUUUCUCUCUUUACUAUAUUGUUUUGAGAACGCAACAAUCAUAUUUCUUCUCCAUUUAUUUAGCCGUCAACUUGCAAUUCUCUUCC